AUGGGACGCACCAAGCGUGGCGGAACGCUAGUUGGCGCGGCGAACAAAUUGGCCGAAAUGCUGCUGGAGGAGUCGUCGGACAGUUUAAGUCGAAGCAGCGAUGGUGGUGUAAGAUCGACCUCCGUAACACCGGUGCAAGAAGUGUUGGUCGGUCGGGGCCGUGGCCGCGGGCGUGGAAGAGGUGUGGGCCGAGGUCGUGGUCGGGGAAGAGGGAGAGGCAGGGUUACCGUGGUGGAAACGCCGGCAGCCGGUGUCGAGGUGCUGGAAGAGGUCCGCACGAUCGACCCGGAUACAUCCGGAGCUGUUGAAGACCGAGAAGAGGAGGUCGAGAUUAUCGAAAUAUUGGACGAAGAGUCGUUAGAAUGCGGAGAGGGGGUCUUCAUUGAAGCAGAGGAGGACAGGAACACCGCAGAAGUGUCCUCCUAUUCGGAUGAAGCAGAGCGUUCCGCGGCUGUAGCGAAUGAGAUGAUGCUCACGAUGGAAGGGGCCGACGAAGAAACCGUUCUGCCGCUAGAGGGUGAUGGUGGAGCAACCAGAAAAUCGAAACGGCAAGUAAAGGUUACAAACAAAUUUCGUGACUAUGUAGUCGAUGCUCCGCUGCCAAUGUCUCAGCCCAUGCGUACGUACGCGAGCAACAGAUCACCCAAAGGAAUGGCGUUGAGUGUGGGACAGAUGGCCAGCACUAGCAAACAGAUUACACCCUGCUGGAACGUACCCAUAGGAUCGACAAGGGGCAGAAAAAAACGGUCUACAAUUAGCACCAUCUUGGACAUAGCGGGAGUUGAUCCGAGCGAUGAAACGAUACAACUUCCCUGUCCGGAGGAACGCGACAACUCUUUGAUUACGCUCAGGUUCGACGGUACCAUGUUUGGGGAUGACGACAGUCUGUCCUGCACCCCCGCUAGUCCAAUCUGUAGUCAGCUGGAAGCGUAUGAAUCUUCUUCUAUAGCUACCUCGAAACCCACCAGCUCCGGGCGGGGUCGAAAAUCACGUGGUGGUGGUACAACUGGGGCCACAAUCACUGUUCCCGAACGUCCUGCCGGUUCCACGUUCAUUCGUAGAUCAUACAAAACAACAAAUGUCUCGAACGUCACACAGGAGGACUCGUCGUUUCCGGAGGAACGAUCAAAGGCACGACGGAACCUGCCGAGUUCAGGACCGGACUGCGUUGGAAGUGAUGGUGCGGAAGACGUCGACAUCAUAGUUCUGCAAGCCGAUGAGAUAAUAACGGAUUCCCCGGUCGCGGAGACAUUCGCUGGCGUGGGCACAACGAAAUGGAGAGGUAGAGGAGGUCGUGGCAGUCGCGGUGGACGAGGAGGACGGGGAAGUCGUGGUGGUCGGGGCUCGCGAGGAGGCCGUGGUUCCCGUGGAGGAGCCAGAGCUCUCUUGGCCCAGCCUGACAGCGACGUGCGCAAGCGACGGAGCAAAGUGAGUGCGGGCGAGAAAGAAGAGUCUCGGACUGAACUGGAGGUUUCCUGUGAAAUGGUGGAAAUCCUUCCGCACACGGAUUCAGUGGUCGAAGAAGUAGUUGUGGACGAUGAGACGAAGGUUGUAGAGAUUGAGAAGGAAGAGAUUGUGGAGGUACCGGAUGAUGUGCAAAAAAUGGUGGAAAUACUGACCGGCAAAUGUAAAGAGAAUUCAUCCGCUGAAUUAUCGUCAAUUCCGGUUAUUCACGAACCUUCGGUGGCAAACCAACAGAAGGACGAACAAUCAACGGAGCCUACUCCUAUGACGGGUGAAACGGUCACCACCGGCAAUGUGGAUGAACAGAAAGGCCGCAAAGAUACGUCUCCUGUCGUAGAGAUCCCUCAGAGUGCUGCUGUCGUUGCUACUGAAGAACUCAUUGAGCAUUCUUGCAACCCACCGGAAAAACCAGAGCUGCAAUCCCCACCAGACGAAGUACAUGAAGUCGUAAGUGACCAGAAGGAAUUUAUUAAAACACCAACCAAAUCGGUUUCAUCUAAAACAGAAGAAACUUUACCCAAAAUCGAAAUAAUUAAAAAGGAUCGACAGUAUCAGCUAGACAAAUCUGUCGACAUUCCUACAAAAAAAUCUCACAAGGAACGAUCAUCGAAAGAUGAUCGUUCUGCAUCUAAGGACAAACAUAGAUCUGAAAGAUCUUCACGGGAUGAUCGCAAGAAGGAAAAGAAGCGUCACGACGAUGAUGGUGUCCGCAAACGCACGGAAGCGAAGGAUCGUUACACCGAAAAGCACAGACUGCACAGUGAACAUCGAGAGAGCGCAUCGCAAACGGGCGAUCUACGGAAACUAAGCACCGACCGAUCUUCAGAGAUCGGUGCCGAACAGGACCGCACUAAAAAGAAACAGGAAAAAGAAAAGAAGUCAUCCGAGGGCGGAGUAGAAAAAAGCCCCGCUGCUGUAGUAUCAACGAACAUUGAAAAUCGCAGGCGAUCGGUGAUGUUACCGGUCCGCCAGGAUAAACCGAAAAAGUCCUUCGAUACAGAACUGCAAGCCCUGGAGAUGAAACCUAUUCCGCGCAAAACUACCGACGAAUCGCGCCGCCGCGAGACGAAAGAACAGGAAGAUUCGACGUCCUCUUCAACGUCUUCUUCGCACCACCGGAAGGACAGUCAUCACAAGCACGGCAAAAGUAGCAAGCACGGCAGUUCCAAGCCCGAUUCGGGGUCGAUCCGGCUGUCCGAGUCGCUUGGAGGUUACGGACACAAGUCGCGCCGUUCCAAGGAGGAGGAGGACAAACGACGUAGCUGGGAGAGUUCGAAAACAAAAAAGAGCACUUCCGGAGACUUGCCAAAGGGCGAACAUCAGCGCGAUGGGUUAGCGGUGGUGAAAAAGCCUAAAUCGAAAGAUAAAAGAGAAUCGGAAAAACCUGAAGAUGUAAAUCCUUCCAGGGAACCAGCCUCGCCUGUGCAUCGCGUUGAACCUGUGCGGUCUAUGGAAGUGGCUCCGAGUGUUUCGGUAGAAUGGCACGAGAAGAAACCGACCGUGACACCCGCCCCGGAAACGAUGGCAGAGAGUGUCGUGCAUAUUACUCCAGAGGAACAACCCACCCCGGAUGUACACAAACCAUCACCGGAUGCACCAAAAAUUGUAACAAAAGCCUCACUGAAAAUGUACAAAAUAGAGGAUGACUGCCAGCCAAUGGAUGUUUCAGUGUUACUGCCCAUGGAUCAAGGUGAUGGUCCUAUUUCACCCCCGGCAGAACAGGUGAAGGUCGAACAACCGGAUGUCGUAACGAUAGAGGUUGCUGUACCGGAACCAGCGUGGCAGGAACCAGCAAUAAAACCGGAAUUGGAAGAUAUAAAAACCAUACUUCCGAAGCCGAAUGAGGAUGAUGGAACGUUUAGCGAGACCGAAACGAUUCAUUCGGAGCGCAGCUCGGACUACGGGUUGGAACUCUCGGAUGGCGAAGGCACACUCAGCGGUCUUCCUUCGGAGGAUGACUCUGGGCUUCGGAGCGACUUCAGCACACCUUGUGACCUCUCAUCAGGUGAUGAAGCGGAGCCGGUGAUCGUCUCGGGGGUUCAGGACAAAAUCGGAACAGGGAGUGGACAGGAUCCCCACUCGCAGCGUGUCGACUUGGUCCGUUUGAUCGAAAGUUACACCGAUGAUGGUGUGAUUCGUCGCUCGACACGCAUCAAAACGAUCAGCUCACAGAAGCAGCGCACCAGUGGGCAUGGGCUGGUGCGGGACAAAGAUCGAUUGCUGAAGAAGACCAACGUCUCCGUAGGCAUCGAUUCGAAGGUGCUAAGAGAUGCGAUCACCGGAAACUUCAAUGUGACCAUUGCGGGAACUUCCCAAGAGGCUCUGUCGUAUGGAGAGCAAGCAGGGGCAGCAAGUGGUACAGCGGCCCAUCAAACAGGAGCCGGGGCGGUGUCCGCCAGCGGCGCCAAUUGGGCCGUACCAACGAACGAGGGCGAAAGCGUCAACAUUGAACUGUCGGAGGAGUAUCUGCGCGACAUGGAAGAAAAACUGAGCCGGUUUGAGACGAUCCGUGAAAAUAUCUACCACUGCGAUCGGAUCGUCAGCCGCGAGGCGAAGAAGAUGACGUGCGAUUGCUUCCUGACGCACGAAGAGUUCGAGCGGGGCGAGCACGGUUGUGGGGAAGAUUGUCUAAAUCGGUUGCUGAUGAUCGAGUGCGGAUCCCGCUGUGUCGUCGGAGAUCGGUGUACGAAUCGACGGUUCCAACGGCAGGACUAUGCGCACUGUCAGGUGUUCCGGACGGAGAAGAAAGGUUUCGGCAUUCAGGCCAGUGCACCGAUCGUGCCGGGAGAGUUUAUUAUGGAGUACGUUGGUGAGGUGGUGAACGGGGCGCAGUUCGAUGGGCGAGCAGAGGCUUACUCGCGCGAAAAGAACAAACACUACUACUUCAUGGCGCUCCGAAGCGAUGGCAUUAUCGAUGCAACGACGAAAGGCAACAUUUCGCGAUUCAUUAACCACUCGUGCGAUCCGAACGCGGAGACCCAGAAGUGGACCGUGAACGGUGAGCUGCGGAUCGGGUUUUUCAGCACCAAGUUCAUCCUGCCGGGCGAGGAGAUCACGUUCGACUAUCAGUUCCAGCGGUAUGGGCGGAAGGCGCAGAAAUGUUACUGUGAGGCGGAGAACUGUCGCGGUUGGAUCGGGGCCAAACCGAGCGGUGAAGGCGAUUCCGACUUUGAUGAGGAGGACGAAGAAGACGACGAAGAGGAUGGUGAGGAGGAAGAGGAUAGCGAGGAUGACAAGGAAACUGGUCAAAAGGAUCGUGAGAUACCCGUUGGCCAGGAACCAUCAAUAGGAACGUCGAAGGCGAUCGCCGAUGAUCGCGUAGUCUCUCCGGAGGAGGAGAAAGCUUCCAUAGAACAGGCCACUGUCUCCGCGACCACGGUGGUUUUGGUAAAGCGAAAGAAAACUCGUAGGCGUCGCGCAGCGGCACGGCAAAAACGCCACAUUGAGCUGCACGAAGACGCUGACCUGGAGGAGGAAAUCAACAUGCUGCUGAAGACAGGACUGAAGAAUCAGGCCCACACGCUGAAGCUGUCCAGAUUGAUGGUGCGUGCGAAGGACAUAAAAUCACGAAGCCGCCUACUGACGUUACUGCAGAGUGGUGAACUGGCCUGCCGUCGGCUCUUCCUCGACUAUCACGGGCUCCGGUUGUUGUACGGUUGGAUCUGCGAACCGGCGGAAGCUAUCGAGGACCUCAAGUUCCGCAUCCAGAUUCUGGACACGCUCGAUCGCUUACCGAUUCCGAACAAAACCAUGCUGAAGGACAGCAAAAUUUUGCACACGAUCGAAAAGUGGUCCCGUCCGGAGAAGGGGAAGCACGCGGCUCCUAGCGUGGCACCACCACCACCGGCACCACCGGUAGCCUUAGCAGCAGAAUCAUCGAACCUCGGGCAGGACGCGGUCGAAAAGGGGGAAAAAGAAAUAUCAAGGACGAGUUCCCCGAGUGACAGCAACGGUGCCGGGAGCGAUAGUAGCAACGCGAGCCAACGUGCAGACGGGCAGCAACAAUCGCGAACGAAGGAGGUUCUGGGCAGUGUGGACGUGCUGAAAAAUAUGCCGGAACUGUUGAAGCUGGCCGAUCUGGGCAAGCUGAAGGAAAUUAUCAGUACCUGCGACAAGGAAGUUGAGAAUAAGGAGAAGGCAGCUGCUGCCGCUGCUGCAGCGGCCACGAGAGCAAAGGCGGAUCUCUCUACCACCAGUGGUCUACUGUCGGACAUUCAAAUCCCGGAACCGGAGGAUGAGAACGCUCCUGAGGAGCAGCGGCUUCUGACACAGAUUCGUAUACUGUCCUGCAAGCUUCUGAUCAGCUGGACCAACCUGAAGGAGGUGUUCCGAAUUCCGAAGAAGGAGCGUAUCGAGCAAAUGAAGGAACACGAACGGGAAGCGGACAUGCGGUACCAUUCGCUGGGGCUACUGGAAACCGAGCACGACGACAAGCAUCAGCAUCGGCAUCGGGAUGGUGGGCGCAGUUGGGACCGGUCAAGGGAACCGAAGCGACGCCGUUCGCUCGACGAUCGCAGCGAAGUGCCGUACGGUGCCAGCAAACUGAAGAGGCCACCGUUUGUGCCGCCCCACGGUAGCACGCUGUAUCCACCGGUGAAGCAAGACAAUCUGUCGAAACAGGAGCGCCGCCAGCUGUUCGAGAUGAAGGUAGCGCACGAGGAGGCGGAACGGCGCAAGAAGGAAAUGUGGAUGAUGCACGAAAACGCCUGCUUCCGAUUCGGUCUCAAUCCGCAUCUGACCGCUCCGAUGGACAUUCCGGUGCGAAUGAAUCCGGCCACCGGCGAGUACUUUUCUGAGGAUGAUCGGUUGCUUCCGACGCCACCGAGUCACGCGUACUUUAAAAUUCAACCACCACCGCUGUCGACAAACCCGGAAGAUUACGAGCUUCCGGCAACACUGAAGUUGCCGGCGUACUGGCGCUUUGCGAUAGACGAUCGCGGCCGGUUAUAUUACUACCACGUCAAGGAUCGCAUUCCGCAGUGGGAACCACCGAAGAAGGCGGGCAAAGCGGUUGGUGCGUUUGCCGACGAAGACAUUUCGAUGAGUUCCGAUUCGAGUACGACCGAUACGUGUGAUUCGAGUGAGGAGGAGCUGACACAGCAGCUGGAGCAGCUCCUGAAGAAAAAACGCAAGCAACAAUCCAGCUUCAACCUGGAUGAUGUCUUGGCGAAACCGGACGACAUGAACGACGAUAUGUCGAAGACGGCUCCGAAACAAGAAUCUGGUGAUGGGUCACCCCAGAUGCUGACAUUGGAGGAGAUCUUUGGCGAAUCAUCAGCAACCACGGCGGCUACCAUCGACGAAGCGGCUGCUCAACAAUUGCUGCUGAGACGGAAACGAAAGCACAGCCUAAAGUUGGUUCAAGCCCGGAUCAUUAGCCCCCGCACCGAAGAGGACAAACAGUACGGUCAGAUGGAGAUGAAGCGCUACAAGGAGACGAAGGAAAAGUUGCGCAAACGCAAGGAGGAAGCAAAACGGCUGCGAGCCCGCAGUAUGUUCGACAAAACGUUGGCGGACGGCCCAUUCGGUGGCCCACUCGAUAAGCCGUCCCUUUCGACCAUCGUCACCGGCGGCUCGGAUGGGGCACCCGGCGGUGGCAAUGGCGGUGUCGGUGGCGUUGGUGGUGUCGGUGGUGGUGAUAAUUCACUGAUCGACGAUGAUCUUGUCGUGUCGCACAAGAUCGUCGAAGACAAGUGCAUCGUCGACGAGUUGGACAUAUUGACGAAAAAGAAAAAAAUAUCGCCGUACGAGGAGUGGAAGAAGGUGCAACAGCGGUUGGGCAAGAAGCGAAAGCAGACUGAAGAUGCGGCAAACGAGCCUGCUGUGCCGGCGGUUACGACAGCUACUGUUGGCUCGCAGGGUGAUGCUUCCAUGGCCAUUGCCUCUUCUUCCUCUUCGACAGCCGCUUUGUCCGCAAAGCUGCCGAAGCGUAAAAAAUCCAGCAAAGGAGAUAUCAACAGUGAGGAGGCUCGAAAGAUCAAGGAAAAGUUCCGGGUCGAGAUUGCGGGCGUUAUCGUGCAGCACCUGAGCGCGUACCGGAAGGAGAGCUGCCAGGUGGGUCGUAUUAGCAACACCGAAGACUUUAAACAUCUCGCAAGAAAGUUAACCCACUUCGUUAUGCUGAAGGAGCUGAAGCACUGCGACAAUACGGUACACGAGCUGGAAGUGACGGAUUCGGUGAAGACGAAGGCGCGCGAGUUUAUCAAAAAGUAUAUGGCCAAACACGGGCCAGUGUACGUAAAGGGCGAAAAUGAGCCGGACUAUUCCAACGUGGCUCUCUGAGAGGAAGCCGGGGGAAAGCCUCCGGAGCCACCGUUGCCCGGUGUGGUCAGCGGCAACAAGAGGCUCUGAAUGUGUUUCCCACAUUGGACUACAGUGUUUAUUCCUUUUUUUCGAGUCCGUUUUUGUUA